ACGGCAAAACCGGAAAUAGCCGUCAUCGGAGAAAGUAUUCAUACUCUCUCUCUCGUUGCUCACAUCGAGGCCAAGAGCAAAGAGCUAGCGCACUAACUGUGGAAGAUGAUAAGGCAAGGCCCGACUCUAACAUGCACGGCGGUUGUCGCAGCCGUAGCCUGCGCACUAACCCUCUCUGUAGCUCUCCAUGACACCGACACGGACACCCCACAAAACCCAAACAUAUUCCAAGUCACGGACAGAACAUUCUUGGACAAUGAUUUGCUGGGCACCGAGAGGAAGUUCAAGGUUUUCAUGGAGGAGUACGAGAAGAGGUAUGCUACGAGAGAGGAGUACCUGCACCGCCUUGGGAUAUUCGCCAGGAACAUGGUGAGAGCCGCCCAGCACCAAGCGCUCGACCCCACGGCAGUCCACGGGGUCACGCCGUUCUCCGACCUCUCCGAGGAGGAGUUCGAGCGGCUGUACACCGGCGUGAGAGGUGGGCCUCGCAUGGGUGUUGCGGUUAAGGAAAGUGGACCAUUGCUGAAGGAGGAGGAGGUUUCUGGCUUGCCCGAGAGCUUUGACUGGCGAGAGAAAGGAGCCGUUACUGAGGUUAAGAUGCAGGGUGUAUGUGGAUCAUGCUGGGCUUUCAGCACUACAGGAGCUGUUGAAGGAGCCAAUUUCAAAGCCACCGGGAAGCUUCUCAAUCUCAGUGAACAACAGCUUGUUGAUUGCGACCACGUGUGCGAUGCGACGGAGAAGACGGCGUGUGACAAUGGAUGCCACGGAGGCCUCAUGACAAAUGCAUACAAAUAUUUGAUGGAGGCAGGAGGAUUAGAGGAGGAGAGUUCAUACCCCUAUACAGGGAAACAGGGUGAAUGCAUGUUUAAGUCGGAGAAAGUAGCCGUUAGAGUCGUCAAUUUUACAAACAUUCCUAUUGAUGAGAAUCAAAUUGCAGCAUAUUUAGUCAACCACGGUCCUCUUGCAGUUGGGUUGAAUGCGGUGUUCAUGCAAACGUACAUCGGUGGUGUGUCAUGCCCGCUUAUUUGUGGGAAGAGAUGGGUGAAUCACGGUGUGUUGCUUGUGGGGUAUGGUGCGAAGGGGUUCUCCAUUCUUAGGUUUGGGUUCAAGCCGUAUUGGAUCAUCAAGAAUUCAUGGGGCAAGAAAUGGGGCGAAAAUGGCUAUUACCACCUUUGCCGGGGCGGCGGCAUGUGCGGAAUGAACACAAUGGUCUCUGCAGUAGUCACUCAAGUCUCCUAAACACAAGUUUUUUAUUUAUGAAGUUUAAUUAAACAAAUACUGUGUAAUGUCGAAUUAUACAGUUUUUGAAUUCUGCUUGUUUGGUAUAAAUGCUGCAAACAAUUACAUUUA